GCCUGGCCGGGGCGAAGCCCCAGGGUGCUUGAGUGAGCAGUGCUGUUGGAUUCGGGAUGGAGCCUUGGAGGCUACCUGUAGACGUUUCCUUCCUCCCAGUGUAGCGUGACAGAUGUGACUCCUGCCCUCAGCUGUGCUCUCCAUCAUGGCUGACACCAUCUUCAGCAGUGGAAAUGAUCAGUGGGUUUGCCCCAAUGAUCGGCAGCUUGCUCUGAGAGCCAAGCUGCAGACGGGCUGGUCUGUGCACACGUACCAGACAGAGAAGCAGAGGAAGAGCCAGUGCCUGAGCCCCGGAGAGCUGGAGAUCAUCCUUCAGGUCAUCCAGAGAGCAGAGAGGCUAGAUAUCCUGGAGCAGCAGAGGAUCGGGCGGCUAGUGGAGCGACUGGAGACGAUGCAGAGUAACGUGAUGGGCAACGGUCUCUCCCAGUGUCUGCUCUGCGGGGAGGUUCUGGGAUUCCUGGGCAGCUCCUCCGUGUUCUGCAAAGACUGCAGGAAGAAAGUCUGCACCAAGUGUGGGAUCGAGGCUUCCCCCGGCCAGAAGCGGCCCCUGUGGCUGUGUAAGAUCUGCAGUGAGCAGAGAGAGGUCUGGAAGAGGUCGGGGGCCUGGUUCUACAAAGGGCUCCCCAAGUACAUCUUGCCCCUGAAAACCCCUGGCCGGGCUGAUGAUCCCCACUUCCGACCUCUGCCUGUGGAGCCCACCGAAACUCAGCCUCAGAGUGCUGAAACCAGCCGUGUCUACACAUGGGCCCGAGGGAGAGUGGUUUCCAGUGACAGUGACAGUGACUCAGAUCUCAGCUCCUCCAGCCUGGAGGACAGACCCUUACCCUCUGGGGUCAAGGGCACAAAAGGUGACAAGCCUAGAGGGGACUCAGGUGGCAGCAUGGAGUCACCCAGGCUGGGGCCUGCCCGCCCGCCCAGCCAUCUCUCGGGCAGUCAGAGCAGCCUGGGCAGUGAGGCUGGGACAGGUGCUGCAGAGCCACAGGGAGGCACCCCAGCCCGGCCUGAGCCCAGGGUACCCGGCAAAAGACACACAUGGGCGACUCCCCGCUACUGAGGUGACCAACUGACAUCUCCAGGCCGGGGCAGACUCCUCCAGAGGAAGAUUCAAAGAGGGACAACGGGGCCACCCUCGCAGAGCCCCUCUCUGGAGGUUCUUGAGGUUUCCCGAGCUCCUUGAUACCUUGACCUGCAACUCAACAAGCCAGUGUUUGGGGACUGAGCGUGCUUGCCCCCCACCCUGUCGUGCCUUAUCGACUAUCUCACUCAGCACCCCACCUUUAUUUAUUGCCCUUCCCCCAUCCCAGUCACAUCUGCAUUUGCUUGGGUCUUGGGUUGGGCUGAGAAGGCCUUCCUAUAUGCACUGAAGUUUGGGUGGGACCACACAGGGCUUUCUUUGUACUAAGGAUGAGAAACCUAACCCUCAGUGUGACCCUGUAGAGCUGAGCAACCCACCCCCACACCCCCACCCCCCAGUGUAAGCCUGGAGCACACACAUCCCCCUUUCCCUCUCCCUUCAACUGUUGGAAGCCAGAGCAGGGUCCUAUUUGCCCUGAGGCUGGUCCAGGAGCUGAGUUAAAUCCGGCUUUGAGGUUUCCCUGAAGCCCCCUAUUGGCCUCUGGGUUUUUGUUCCACCAGGAAACACAGCUUCCCCUAAGACAUUAAAACGCUUUUUUGUUCUUCAGUGGAAAACAAGGCUCCCACCCCACCUAAUGUUCGCUGGCCCAGCCUGGGAGUUUCAAAUUCUAAAACCAGAGAAAUCAGAAAAAUACUCAAGA